CCCGCGUGACCGUUCCGUUCAUACUACUGAGUUGGCGCGCUAUCGAUUUUUUAUUAUUAUUUUGUAUCUUAAAAAUCGACAUCUACACUUUUCUACGUUAUUAAACGUUUAAAAAAACUGUGCAAGAGUGAGAUUUUGUUGUGCUUCUGUGACAUAACCUUAAAACAUCAUUGGAUGUCGAUGUUUUUUUGCAGCGCAACUUUUGCAUUCGAGCCUUGUGUUGUGUUGAAGUUUUGGUACGAGUGAAAUUGGUACCGGUACUGGUCCGUGGUCGGUAUCUGAUACCAAUUAGUUCAGCGAGUCAAGUUCAUUGUCAGCGGUUUUAUCAAGAUUCGAAAACUGGUUCGUGUGUAAGCGUGCGCAGCAUGCGUGGCGUCACGUGACCGUCAAUGGCGUCCGAGACACGCUCCCGCUCGCCGCAAGAUGGCGCGCGAAGAAGGCGCGACUUCACCAGGUCGCCGUACGUGACGCUGGGAGCGGUGCGAUACACCGUACGUCGCGUGCCGCCGCCGCGCGCCUGCCCGUGCCGCUGCUGCUCCGAGGAGGCGGUGGCGGCGUGCCUCGGCCGCGCCAAGCCCGACCGCCGCACGCUGGAGCGCCUGCACCGGCGCCUGGGCCGCGGCGCGCGCGACGACCGGCCCUCGCGCCACCAGCGCCUGCAGGACCUCACCAAGCGUCUGCUGCCGCGCGCGCAGCCCCCGCAGCCACCGCCCGCUCCCCACACGCCGCCCGCGCCGCCGCCGCACUCGGCACCCGUGCUGCCGCCCGUGCCGCCACCGCGCUCGCGCCACCGCCACAGCCCACCACGCGGCGCCUCCGUCGACCGCUACGACGACUUCGACGCCGACAACAUAACACUGGUCCGCGUCGAACCCCGCGCCAUAGUUGGCUCCUAUGCUCAAAAAACCAUACCGUACAGGAGUGCAUCCUUUUCGCAGGGAGAUUUUGCACAGGAUAAAUACUAUAGAGGUGAUCGACAGCGAUCAAUUUUUGAUUUUGGAAAAAAAACCGCCAAAACUGAUUCGGGACACGGCGGUACAGACCCCAGUAAUGCAGAUACGAGAAGUUUAGCCACCGAGGAGAAUGUGACGGAGGGUGGAUCGGUCGCGUCCGUUGAUUCCGCCGUCGGCUCCGACGAGGGGCUGUUGGCGCACGCGUCUCCGGCGCCUCGAUCUCCGCCACCCGAGGGGCCGCACAAGCAAUUCGGUGGUCGGUCCUUGACCCAUCCCUUACCGCGACGCAUCCCUCCGGUGCGCGAGGAGGGCCCGGCCGAGGCCGGCGGCAGUUUGCCCGCCCUGGCACCACGCGUCUUACAUGAACUUCGUGAAGAAAGUGACGGUUCCCAGGCCGACAGUGCGCAGGCACAUAGUGAAGGCACUUCUCCUAUGGAACCCGCUCAACCUUUCGCUUUCCCACCUCUCCCCGCUCCUCCCCCUAACGCGUGUGCUAACAUUGACUGUGAGUGCGGUAACUUUUCCAGUGUCAACGACGAAGAGGCGGCGAGCGCCAUUGCGAGUUCGAUACCCGUGCCAGUGUAUGAGUGUAUAGUGAAACAGUGGUCGAAAGAAUUGCCCUCGGAGGAGGCGCAGCGUUCUGACGCCGCGUCCGACGGGUCGUUGGACCGAGACAAAGAGGACGAAACUAUUACUAGUGAACAGGUGGCUAGUUUGUUAGCGGCUGUACAAAAUCCGUGUACUGCGGCCCCAAUCGGUGCCAGGGAACGACGUCGGCCGUUGGAUAAAACUAAGAGAAGAAAAGGGAUCUAUAUAACUACCGCCAGCGACGACGGCGGUGACGAGGAACCAACGUCUUCGGUGAACGGUUGUAAGCGCGAAAGUAGCGACGCCUCACUACAAGAGAUGCGACUCUCGGCCGAGGCUCGCACUUCCUCACUUCUCGGCGAUAAAUCAGACGAUUCUUGCACGAAUGGUCCGCCUAGCCCCGCGGAGAGUACCACACCUUUGUGGCCGAGGUCAGAGGAGUUACGAGCUCGACGCGCUAGGUUUUCGCAACAAAGUUCCGACGAAAGAGAGGAAGACAAUUACAGAGUGAGGCGAAAGUAUGGAGUGACUUCACGCGGUGACUCUCCGUCAGAAGCGGAGAGUGACACGUGUUCUCGCGACCGGACCGCAUCUCCAUCACCGUUUAGUCCGUCGGACACUUCUGAUGUAGAAGCCAAAAGGCAGCAUUUGACGAGAGGGCCUUUCGGCCGCAACUUAGAAGCACCGUCGAAUCGAUCAGCCGAAGCCGGCAGGAGGAGUUUCUCGGAUGCGACGGUCCCGUGUCGCAAGAUCAGCGCCGGCGCCGCGCCCACGUGUGCGAGCAGGCCACGUGGGCCCACGCACGUCAGAGCGACGUCGUCGCCGUCAAAGUUGGCAGGCGUGAAGCCAGGAGCUGAUUUGUUGGCGGAGCUGCUGCGCGGCAGUUCGGAAGCGCUGUCCAAUUCGUCGACCUUCGACAACGUGAUUCUGACGCUUCAUCAACACAAUGACACAAGGACGCACGUUGUUGUCGAGCUUUAUGAAACAGAGAAGUCCUACGUGGAGGCGCUCGAGAUAUUAGUUAAGAAAUAUCUUCACCCAUUAAAGAGUCCCGAGAAUGCAGGUCUUCUGGACGCUUUCGUCGUCGACGAGAUAUUCUACCAGGUGCCGGCAAUACUGAACGUGCACCAAGUAUUCCUCGAGCAACUGAGACGAAGACUUGAACAAUGGGACCUGCAACAGAAAGUGGGAGACGUCUUCUUAGACGUGUUUACCAAACCAACAGUGAUGGAUACAUACAUGUCGUUCAUCAACAAUUUGAAAAAGGCAAAGGAGACGAUAAAAACGGCGGCGGCGUCGAGGCCGGCGUUCGCGAAGUUCCUGGACGCGAUGGCGCGCGACCACAAGGGCAAGCUCUCGCUGGAUAACCUGCUCAUCAAGCCCGUGCAGAAGUUCCCCAGCUACAAACUCUUGAUACAGAGGCUGAUCAAGCACACAGAUCAAUCACAUCCAGAUCACAAACUUCUAUUAGAAGCUCAGAAAGAGAUUCAUGAACUGUUAGAGCUAAUAAACUGCACAGAAAGGGAGAGCUUAGAAAUGGAGCAACAACAACAAACGAUGCGGGAAUUAGAGCAAAUGAUCGAGGGUCUAUCGAGCUUGGCGACCGCGGACCGAACGUUUAUAAAACACGAAAUGGUGACCAUGCCGUCCGCGCAGGGAACUAUUAAAGAUAGAGCUCUCUUCCUUUUCAAUGAUACUCUUCUUAUAACAAGCGUUAAGCGGCGGACUGGGACUAUCAAGAAGCCUAUUCCAACAUACCAAAGCAGUAUAGCCAGUCAGAUGGAGGGUAAUAAAUACAAACUACUAAUGAGAAUACCUUUGGCUGAUCUCGAAAUUGUUAAAGCUAAAGACGAGAACGUGCGUCGCAUAAUGCAAGAAGUGGCGUCUCUGACGGAGGACGUGAGCACGUUGACGCAGAUCUCGCGGCAGGUGGCGGCACUGCACGCGCCGCACGCGCAGCUCGCCGACCUCGUGCGGGACGCGCUGCUCGCCGCCAACCGCCAGCUGCUCGACCGCCAGGCCAGCGACACGCAGCUCUGCUACAUGGAGCUCAGCGUUAAUACUCCAAACGGACCCGAAAACUUAACCAUAAUCUUCCCGAAAACGGAGAAGCGCAGCAGUUGGGAGGAAUUGAUAAACGAGACAAAACAAAAGUUGUGUGUGUACGGGCACGAAAGGCCCGCUCCUGAGUUCCUCUCACCUGUACCUAUACGUAAGACUCGAGCCGGUUUGCAGUUCACUUGCGCUGCGCCUACACUACCACCGAAGGGGCAGGCCCCUGAUGUUUGGGUGUGCAACAGCGACGGGUACGUGGGUCAGGUGUGCGUGCUGACGCUGUCUCCCAAGCCGCAGGUGACGUCAUGCAACGGCGUGUGCAACGCGCGCAUACUGUGCGUGGCCUGCGUGCCGCCCGCGCCCGCGCUCACGCGUCAACACACGCUGGAUAUUCCGAGCACCAGUUCUUUAAAUAGUACGGGAUCUACUGGAAAACCUGGCAUCAGCAUAUCAGAUCCCGAUGAUAGCUGCAAGAACAUACGCUUAGACAGUUCAUCGUCAAGCGACGAUGAUGACGAGGGUUCAUCAAGCGAGAACCCGGAGGGGGAGCGCGGGGAGCGGGGGGAGCGCGGGGAGCGGCCUGCGCCCGCGCACAGCAAGAGCCUGAGUACUCCGCACACCGGGCACGCGCACAUGCAGGUGCACCCCGUCAUCAAGUCCAGCUCCAACCCCGCAGUCGACAAGCAGGCUAUGGGCAUCACUAGUGGCACAUUAUCGUCACCCACCAGCCGUCAGUCCUCAGAAGACAGUAGCACUUCCGCCAACCAGCCCACCAUGUGGCUGGGUACUGAAGACGGUUGUAUACAUGUCUACAACUGUCUAGAUAAUAUCAGGAUUAAGAAGAACAAAAUCAAGUUGCAACAUAACUCGGGUGUUCAUUCUAUUGUGUACAUGGAGGGCAAGGUAUUUGUUGCUCUUGGCAACGGCGAUCUUGUGGUCUACUGUCGGGAUAUUGACGGGUCGUGGUGCGAGCGCGCGACGCUGUGCGUGGGCGCUGGUGGACCUGUGAGUGGCAUGCUGUUGUCUGCGGGCCGGCUGUGGUGUGCUACACAUUCACACAUCAAGAUUAUCAACCCGCACUCCUUGCAGAUUGACGAAACAUUCCAAAUAAGUUCCGAGUCGAAGCCGAUAAGCCACAUGGCGGUGGCGGGCGGCUCCAUCUGGCUGGCGCUGCACAACGCGGCACAACUCCGCUGCUACCACGCCACCACACGCGACCAGCUCGCCGAGAUCAACAUCACGCCGCAGGUCACCAAGAUGUUACAUGGUUGCGACGAGAUAAUCCGGCAGCACAAGGCGGCGUGCCUGCGCGUGACGGCGCUGCUGGCGCACCGCGACACGCUGUGGGUGGGCACCAGCGCCGGCGUGCUGCUCUCCGCGCCGCUACACAACUCGCCCAACAAGCGCACCGGCGCGUUCACCGUGCCCCAUCUCACCGGUAUUACCUACGGCCACACUGGCCAUGUGCGGUUCUUGACCGUAGUCGAGAAUCCAGCGCCGCAAAAGCAGCCGGCAAAGCCAACGCAGACUCUCAAAACGAAAGCCCUGAGCCGACGCUCAGCUAAUGCUGAAAAAAUGCAAAAGCAAGCCGAAAAUACGCAAAAUAACAAAGAAACUUUGAUAAUAUCCGGAGGAGACGGCUACGAAGACUUCAGAAGUUCAACGAUGUCAGAAGACGCGGGGCGAGAGGACUCGACCAAUCAUUUGCUUCUUUGGAGAGUUUGAGACGAAUCCACGGCCUACAGGGUUUCAGGCAAACGAAACGCGACCGUAUGCGUUUCGUUUUAAAGUUUUAAAUGGAUGUUAGGUGUUUUUGUGACGCUUGAAUCGAAAUAUCCAAGAGCCUAAUCGUCAUAUUUGUUAAUACAGCUUUUGAAAACGGCUACGUAUGGAUGUUUACGCUCGUCAGCGAAUGAGAUUAUUAAGUUAGGACAUUAAAUGUCAAGUCAUGAUCGUUUUGUCGAAAUUACGAAUAUAUUUUCUAACACGCAGUAUUAUUAAAAAGGUUUUUCGGUCCUCUAUGACCUGCUAUGUACCUUAUAAUAGAAGUUUAAAAUAUAAUAAAAUGUUUUUAGAAAAAAUCUUUACGUAUAACUUAUCCAUAUCAUGAAAGUGUUGAACGGCCAUAUAUCUGUUUUAUUAUAGGUCAACGAGGAUAUCUGACGCGGUGGGCUUAAGCCAAACUAAAUUAUAACAGCUCAAUAGCGCCUCUCUGUCAACGUUAAAAAGUGUCAGAAGAUCCAUUUCAUACAGUAGCUGAUAUGUGAUGUUUUAUCUUUUAUGCCAGUCUCUAUGCCCUGGUUUUACAGACUUUUUGACAGCUGCGAUACUAGCGCCCCUCACUAGGUUAGAUAUCCUUGUGUGACUAUAGACGUGUCAUGUGCCUCAAAAUUAACUAAAAUGCAAUACAAACUUUAGUUAAUUUUGAUUAACUGACAUAAUUGUGAAUGUACAGAUAUUUUACUAUUAGAUUUUAGAAAGAAAUAUAGAUGUAAUGAAAUAAACAAAGUUAACGUGAAUCGAAUAGUUAUAUAGUUUUUUUUUUAAUUUGCAAUUUUUAAGAACUGCACGUGUGAACACGUUGCCAAUUACAUUGGAUUUUCGAGACAUUCAUAUUAACAUAUACGUCUAUCUCACUUUUAUCAUGUAUGAGGGAGAUAACAACGUGUUUUUGUACGAAUGUUUCGGCAGUGGAAACUUACGAUUAGAAACAUUUGUUUUGCGCUUGUAUGACACUAUUAUUUAAUAAGUUUUACCAUUUCUUUGAGGCUUAUCUAAUUGACCGCUUGUACCGUAUUAAAAAUAGGAGGUACGUUAUUAUAAUUUGCAUUACUAGUGCAAAAUGUUAAUCAUAAAUAUAGUAAAAAAAUAUUAGAUGGAAAAAUGUUUACUGUACGAUUUUACCAAUAUCUCUAUGUCUACAUUAUCAAAAUAUCUAUGUGUUGUGAGGAUAUUAAAGAUUGACAUGUAAAUUAAUUGCUCAAAAAAUGUUCUCUUCAAAUGUUACCUACAGGAGCAACUGAUUGUUAAUCGCUUGAAAAACGUAGGUAUUCUGUACUUAUAAUAUUGCAAAAUGAUUAAAUGACGUCGCACUAAA